AAUGUUCCCAUCUACAAACCCAAACACAAACACAAACCCAAACCCAAACCCAAACACAAAGAGAGGAAAGGUAUUUAUAGGAUUAUUAUAGGAAACUCCAAUCUUUUUGUUUAACCUCCUUCUUCUUCAUCUACUUCGCUAUUUCUGCUAAUACUCUCUCUCCUAAUCUCUUCUUCUACAAACCCUAUUUUAAUGGCGGUUGCAGCUACAGGACAACUCAACUUGGAGAAUUUAUCGUCAUGUGGCUCGCGAAGUGUCGAUUGUUUCCAGAAAUUGGAACAAAUUGGUGAAGGAACUUACGCACAAGUGUACAAAGCUAAAGAAAUUCAAACUGGAGAAGUUGUUGCUUUAAAGAAAAUAAGAAUGGAGAAUGAGAAGGAAGGGUUUCCCAUUACUGCCAUACGUGAAAUCAAGAUUCUGCAGAAGCUCCAACACGAAAAUGUAGUCAAACUAAAAGAGAUUAUCGUGGCUUCUCCAGGUCCAGAGAAGGAUGAACAAGGGAAGCCAGGUGGCAUCUUCAUGGUCUUUGAGUACAUGGAUCAUGAUUUAGCUGGUCUCGCUCGUUGUGCUUCAACAUUUUCUGUCCCACAGAUCAAGUGCUAUAUGAAACAGCUUUUGAUGGGACUCCAUUAUUGUCAUGUAAACAAAGUACUGCAUCGUGAUAUAAAAGGUGCAAAUCUUCUUAUAGACAAUAAGGGAACUUUAAAACUUGCAGAUUUUGGCCUUGCCCGUUUUUUUGCAAAUGAGCAUAAUAGUAAUCUUACAAAUCGUGUCAUUACCCUGUGGUAUAGACCUCCAGAGCUGCUGCUUGGAAGCACAAAGUAUGGUCCUGCUGUUGAUAUGUGGUCAGUUGGUUGUAUCUUUGCAGAGCUUCUCGAUGGAAAACCAUUGAUUCCUGGGAAAGAUGAGCCAGAACAAAUAAAUAAGAUCUUUGAGCUGUGUGGAACCCCAGAUGAGUCCAGCUGGCCUGGGGUUACAAAGCUACCUUGGUAUACUAAUUUCAAGCCAAACAGGCCAUUGAAGAGGCGUCUUCGGGAGCAUUUCAGACUCCUUGAUCGCCAUGCGUUCGAUCUGCUGGAGAAGAUGCUGACUCUUGAUCCUGCACAGAGGAUCUCUACCGGGGACGCGCUUGAUGCUGAGUACUUUUGGACUGAUCCUUUGCCGUGUGAUCCUAAGAGUUUACCGAAGUAUGAAUCGUCGCAUGAAUUCCAGACAAAGCAGAAACGUCAAAAGCAAAGACAGCACGAGGAAGCCGCUAAACAUCAAAAACAGCAUCCUCCAGCAUAUUCCCGUGCUUUUCCCAUUCAGCAGUCUGGUCAAUCUCAUGCUCAGACACAGGCUGGACCUAAUCAGCCCAUGCAAGGCUCUCAGCACCCUGUUCUUUCUGGGCCUGGUCAUCAUCACGGGAACCCACGAGGACCGUCCAGAUAUUCACAGAGUGGAAACCCUGGUGGUAACCGUAAUCGCCCUAACAGGGGUGGUCAAGGUGGUGAGAGAGGCUAUGGCAAUGUCCCCUAUAUGCAACAUGGACGGGGCCAAGCAUAUGGUUCAAAUGGGUUGCCAGUCACAGGCCCACGAGGUGGUAAUUCUAGUGGUUAUGAUGGUUCCCGAAAUUACCAGCAAGGUGGUCCGUAUGAUGGGUCCGGUUCUGGCCGAGGAUCAAACAUGAUGGGUAGGAAACAUAGUCAGCAGCAUGGUUGGAAACAGCAGUAAUCAUAGGCUUUGCAAUGAGCAUAAGGCAACUUGGACCGCCUUUCUUCAUGCUAGAUUUAGACAUUGGGUCUAGCAAGAAAGUGUUUAUGGGUUAAGAAUAACAUCAUGGAUCCAAGUUUGCAAUUGUUUUUUGGUUACUGAUGAAUCUGUACAAUUAGGCAGCUCCGGAAGAUGGGUUGAUGUACGAAUUAUGAUUUUUUUAUGAUUUACUUUUUGGUUAAUGAGUUUUAUAAGAGAACUGUGCCCUUUUCUUUUCUUGCCUCAGCUUUUCUACUGAUCAGUACGCAGUAGCUUAGCCUUGAUGUAUUUAUCUAGCGAGAGACCAACUUUAUUUGUACAAUCUGAUGCCUUUUCAAGUUAAACUCUAUAAAGUUCAACCAUAUUACGAUACUA